AUGGAGAUGCUGCGUCAAAUUCAGUUGAAUAUUCCUUUGAUGGAUGCCUUGAGGGAGAUGCCAGGUUAUGCAAAGAUGAUAAAAGACCUAAUGUCAUGGAAGUUUGAUUUUCAUGAUCUAUCCACAAUAACUCUGACGCAGACCUGCAACACAGUAGUGACCAGACCGAUGGCUCAAAAGAUGUCCGACCCAGGUAGCUUCACUAUUCCGUGCACGAUUGGGACUUACACCUUUUCAAAGGCAUUAUGUGAUUUGGGAGCCAGCAUAAAUUUGAUGUCUCUGGCUGUAUACACCAAACUGGGCAUUGGCAGAGCUAGACCGACUUUGAUGCUGCUGCAGCUGGCUGUCCGCACGGUUAAAAGACCUACUAGGAUUCUUGAUGAUGUAUUGGUGAAAGUGGGGAAGUUUGUGUUCCCUGUAGACUUUGUUAUUCUGGAUUGUCAGGUAGAUGAGGAGAUACCUAUCAUUUUAGGUAGGCCAUUUUUGUCCACUGGGAGAGCCCUGAUCGAUUGUGAGACUAUGGAAUUAAAAAUGAGACUGAACGAUGAAGAAGUCAUAUUCAAUGUUCAGCAAUCUAUGAGGAGACCCAGUGAAUAUGUGAAUUGCUCUCUGGUGGAGGCAGUGGAGGUGAUCCUGCAAGAAGAGGAUGUGACCCUGACUACUAAAGAUCCAUUAGAGGCAUGUCUGAUAAAUUUAGAAGAAAUGGAUGGUGAAGGGUUGGCUGAGUGGGUCAUGGCACUUGAAGGCCAAGGAUUUUGGAAAAGGGAACCUCAGUUCGAGUCCCUUGAGUUAGAAAAAAGGGCUACACCUCUAGCAAAACCAUCGGUAGAUGAACCACCCAAGUUGGAGCUAAAGCCACUCCCAGCUCACCUCAGGUACAUUUUCUUAGGCCCUGAUUCUACGUUUCCUGUUAUUAUAUCAUCCGAUUUGUUAGAUGUGUAG